CAUUCAGUGCAGCUGACUUAAAAAAAAAACGUUUGAGGGCUUGGCAUUCUUUCCAUUCAGCAUACAAACAAUUGCACAAGCAUCAGUCAUCCAGUGUUUCACAGCCUCUCCACUUUAAAUCAAGACCUCAACAACUAAAGCUGGAAUGCACACCAUUAUACUACUGGAACUGCUGGUACUGGGAGCAUCAGCGGUGUUGCCAGAUCCAGACACAGCUGGAGACAAGGUGACUCAGGAUCCAAUUCCCUGUGUAAAAGGCUGCAACUGUCUGCAUGAUGACUACAGCUUGGAGCUCAUCGUCUACUGCAGUGCUCGGAACUUAACUCAAGUACCAGCUGACAUCCCACUAUCCACUCAUUAUCUCUGGCUAGAUGGAAACUUGUUUGUUUCCCUUCCAGCUGCGUCUUUUAGGGGUCUAAGCAAUCUGGACUUUUUGAAUCUACAGAGUGGCCAGCUGUUGACCCUUGACCAUCAGGCAUUUAGAGGGCUCAGAUCCCUAGCACACUUGCACCUUGAGCGAAACCGUCUCCGUGGGUUGCCAGGUUCAAUCUUCCAGAACACACCUAACCUUGCUUCACUCAGUCUACAUAACAAUCACAUCAGUCGUAUUGACGAAAGACUGUUUUCUGGGCUCUCGCACAUGUGGUUUCUCAAUCUAGGAUGGAACUCACUCACAGUCUUGCCAGAGACAGUUUUUCAUGAUCUGCAAGGUUUGCGGGAACUGAACCUUGCGGGCAACAGACUUGCUUACUUGCAACCGGCACUAUUCCAAAAUCUUGUUGAGCUAAAAGAGCUGGAUCUGACAGGAAAUUACAUCAAGGUUAUCAAAGCUAAUGUGUUUGUUAAACUCCAUAAGCUGCAAAAACUUUACCUGGCCCAGAAUCAGAUUGGAAGUGUGGUACCCAGGGCGUUUGUAGGCAUGAAAUCGCUCAGAUGGCUCGACAUGAGAAACAACAAAUUGACUUCUCUACAUGAAGACACAUUCUUAGGCUUGAGCAGUCUUCAUGUAUUGCGCCUUUCCAACAACUCUAUCACUGGCUUAAGGCCUAGAACCUUCCGUGACUUGCAGUACUUGGAAGAACUAAGGCUCAGUUACAACAGGAUUCGAGCUCUAGGGGAGAGAAUUUUUGAAGGACUUGGUCAUCUGGAGGUUCUAGAGCUAGAUUAUAAUCAGGUACAAGAGGCACACGUGGGAAGUUUCACUGGCCUGUCUCAUGUGGCUGUCAUCAAUUUAUCUGGAAGCUGCUUUCAAAGUUUCCCUGACCAAAUGUUCAAAACUCUGUCAAAGCUUCACAGCCUACAUCUGGACAAAGGUUGCCUUACGAGGAUCACAGCUCUAGCUUUCAGUGGUCUUUCUGGUUUACGGAGGCUUUUCCUUCAACAAAACAACAUCUCUGUGGUGGAAGAUCACAGUUUUAUGGGUCUGGUAGGACUUGUAGGACUGGAUUUAAGCUCCAAUAAGAUGGAGGUGCUCACAGAUCAAACUUUCUCUGGGCUGAGUAAUCUGGAGUAUCUUCUUCUGUCCAACAAUGAAUGCCAUCAGUUUUUGCAGAAUGGAACAAAACAAGUACUUCCACGGCUGCGCUACCUGGACCUGCGAGCCAAUGCCUUGUCAAGUUUAGCCAUCAAUUUCUCAGAGAACAUGGAGAAACUCCUGCUGUCUGGAAAUCAGUGGAAAUGUGACUGCACCACACUUCCACUCAGAAACUACAGCUUGCAAAAACCACAAGUCAUCCCUCGACAAGUAGAGACCCAUGCAGAAGGUGAAGAACCUGAUAGUACGAUCACCAUAUAUAACAACAUUACAUGCACCAGCCCACCACAUGCAGCUGGCCAGGACUUACGGGAUGUCAGCAGUGAACUCUUCAGAAGCUGCUGAGGUUACAUAGACUGGUUGAGUGAUACAAAAUGCUGACCAUGCAUUUCUGGUUCAGAUUACAUUUUCUCUGUAUAUUCAAGACAACAUCAGAUCUUAGGAAGACCUUUAUUUGGGAAAAAAAAAAAGGAUAUUCUCACAAACCAUCAAUAAAUUAUGUGUUAGUUCAGUAAAGAUUGUAAGUUUUAUUACUUGUGUGGAGAUAAAUUUUCUGAAGAUAUUUAAUAAAAUAUUUGAAUGUGUGACAUAUUGUGCUCUUGUUAACUUUUAUGUUUGAAAAAAGAAAGAGAACAAAAGGAAAAGGGGUACACAAAGUUUCCAUUUGUAAAUUUUCAUAUGGAAGAUUUAACCUAAUACAGAAGAUAAACACACAUCUUCUAGAAAUCAGGUUCACACAUUCUCCUAUUUGGAAAUCCAUUGUUUUAAAAUAAUUUAAUUUAACCAUGCUUUUGUCUGAUGAAUUUGAACUCCCUUUUGGCCAAAACAUAAAUUCAGUAAAGGCCAACUAAAAGUAGACAAGACAAAGACUCUACUUGUGACUAUUGUCAUUUUUAUGUGUGUUGACAAAUACCACUAAAUCUAUAAGGAGCACUGUUUCCUUGCAGCAAGAAUAUCUUGGGUUCAAAUCUGUUUUUUUGUUUUUUUUUACCAUGUGUAGUUUGCCUAUUCUUCUUAUGCAUGUGUGGUUUAUCUAUAUGUUCCUCCCACGCUCUGAAAACUUGACUGUUGGGUUAAUCUGUCUUAAAUUGAAAUCUAAGUGAUGAAACUAAAUUAGAUGCCUCAUUUGUGAACUACAAUACAAAAUCUCUAAUUUGUAGCGUGUUUGAAAAGAGGAAACAAAUUACAAUAGAAUAAAAAAAUUAUAGGCAGUCAAUUUUUUGGAAAAUAUAUUUUAGAAUGAUUACAAUUAAAUAGCUUACACAUUUGAUCCAUGCUUUAGAGACCUGGUCAUAAACUGUACUCGACUAUGUAGCUGUAUUAGGAAACUACAAUAUUACAAUAUUAUCAUUCAAUAUUAUGAUGAGGAUAUUGAGUAUGUGUAAACUAUAUUUUCUCUCUACUCUCUUUCGUUACCUUUCCAUCUCUAUUAAUGCAUCACAUCUGAAACCUAAUAGCCUACUAAAUAUUGCAUGUGUGGUUUAUCUAUAUGCAUUGAAGUCCUUUGUAGCUCCAGCACUGUAUGUAUUGAUAUAGCAAUGGCAACUGUAAUUUGAUAUAUUAAUUUGCAUUUUGUAAGUUUGAGCUUAGUUAGCUUAUAUUUUGGUAUUAAAUGCUGGCAAUAACCAAUCAUAUAUGGAUAUCAAGCAAAGAUUUUUAUCACAGCCACUAAGAAACUUAAAAUACCAGGCAAUAUAAGUGGUAUCCUACCUUUUCUGCUUUUUACAGAAAAUGUAUGAUAAAGAAAUUAAUGUCUUGAAGACAAAAGGUUUUGUUAAAAAAAUAUAGAGGAACAGUUGCAGCUGGGUCACCAGGAGUGCUGAUGUUUUUGUAUCGACUUAUAGUGUUCUGCUCUUGUGAUGAAAAAGAAAAAUCCAUAAUUCCUUCAUCAGAGUUACCUGGAAACACAUUUCUGAGAAAAAAACAUGCUCAAAGAGCAUUCUGGGACCCCAAAAUGGGUCAGGUAAAUCUUUUUUGUACUGGAUACAUUUUCACCUCUUAAUUUUGUUUUGGUUCAGUUUUUAUAUCUAUUCAGAGGGAAUGACUGACUAAUGUUUCUUAAAACUAUAUAAGAAAUGGAGGGAAACAGGAACACAUAUCCUGGCACAUGUACUCAUCAUACAGGAGAGAAAAAGAAGGACAAGCACCGUCACUCUGUUGAGCUUGCCUGUACCCAUGACUCAUGCAAAUUUGUGGGUGGAAAAACAGUCCUCUGCUCUGCAGUCCAGGAAGUCUCAAAUAACUUCUCGUUAUGGUUCUUAUUAAAGAAUCAACCCAACAAAUAUAAGUAUUUGAUCAUUAUUCAUUGAGCUUAUCAUGAACAAAUCAAUUAAACUAUGAUGCAGAUUCUGAAGGUGACCAGCAGGGACCAGACAGAAAAUUCACAUAGAAUGUGCCCAAGAAAUCGAUAAGCUGCUAAAAACUCUUCAUCUGACCAAGUCUGUUGAUCUGAAGCAGCCAGCUCCUGAGAAGACUGAUUUACUUUAUGUGUUUGUAUGUGCCAAAGUAAACAAGCACUAAGUUGUUGCUUCAUCUUUUUAUGCCACUUUGUUUAUGUAUGUUUCAGCAGGCUUGCUCAGAGUCAUUUAACACUGAAGUCAAGGUUGGCCAAAAAGAGUAAACUACUUUUGCAUGUCUUAACCUUUGCUCAUCAAUGUUUUACAAUAAAUGUGAAGGAAUAAAAUAAAAAGAAUGCACAA